AUGGGACAACUUGCAUCACAGCCAGUUACAGAAAAGACUAUCAGUAGCAAUAGUUUUAUGAAUAUGUCGUAUUCAAUUGGAUCAUGUCAAGGAUGGAGGUUAACAAUGGAAGAUGCGCAUUGUUAUUCUAUAAAGGAAGACGAAUUAAAUAUCAAAAUCUUUGGUGUAUUUGAUGGACAUGGGGGAUUUAAGUGUUCCAAAUACUUGUCACAAUAUUUGCCUCAAAUAAUAAUAAAUGAGUUCCAAACAUAUUUCCAGAAGCACUCCAACAAUAUCAAUAUAAUUCAGACAUAUUCAAAUAUAAUUAAAAAUUCGUUUUUCAAAUGUGAUUAUGAUUUAUAUAUUAAAGAUAUUAAUAGUGGAUCCACGGCUAUAUUAUUGAUUGUAAUAGAUAAUAAACAUUCAUUUAUAGUAAACACAGGGGACUCCAGGUGUAUUUUAAGCUGUUAUAAUGGAUGCAAUAAGAAUCUAUCCUAUGAUCACAAACCCAAGAAUAUAGGGGAGUUAAUCAGAAUAUCAGAUGCCGGAGGAAAUGUCAAUUCAAAUCGAGUGGAUGGAAUGUUGGCAUUAAGUAGGGCAUUUGGGGAUUUUAAUUUCAAGAAAAAAUUUAUAUUUAUGAACAAACUAAAGGAGAUUUAUAAUGAGACCCAGGUGACAGUUGAGCCAGAAAUAAUCUAUCACGAAUUAAAUUAUAGUAAGGACGAAUUUUUCAUUUUGGCGUGUGAUGGUAUAUGGGACAUUUUCAGGAACAACGAGAUUAUCAAGUUCAUCAAAAGAGAGUUGCAACAGAACAGCUCGUUGGACAAAAUCAAUGAAAAGAUCAUUGAAAAGAUCCUCAACUCCACCAAUAGCUCAAAGGGAAUCGGCUACGAUAAUAUGACACUAAUAAUAAUUGCAUUGCAUAACAACAGCAGGCUCGAGGAGUGGUAUGAAAAGAUGAAAUUGAAGGAUUAA